AAAUUCUGUCGACCCUCAUGUCGAUGCAUACAACGCUUUCCUCUGUGGAGCACAGAAGAAGUUAUUGAUGUCUCAGUUGCUAGUGUCCACACAGCUGAAGUCAAUGGGGGCCAAUGUUGUUAGGUAACCUACUUACAAAUAUCUUCUUUUGUGUUCUACAGAAGAAAAUCAUACAGGUUCAAAUUAUGACUGAAUUUAUAUUUCUGAGUGAACUGUCCCUUUAUUCGUGGUCUAGCCAAGCUUGAAGAGUCUUAUCCUAUGAAGAGAGAUAAAGAACAGGAAAUCAUUGUACAUUCAUCAUCGUAACCCAUAAUACUUUUAGUACAGUAGCAGAAAAUGACCUGUUGUUAUUACUACAGCAUGUCUGUGUAAAUUGAAAAAAACAUUUGUGGAUGCACGAGGUCCCUUUUGGCAGGCGGCUGACGGUUUAACGGGAUCGCAUAUGGAGUAUUCCCAAGACCUGCAAUUUACUCCGACUCCAAUUACAUUUUCCAGCCUUUUCUUUGUCUCCUGGUGCUUAUAAGACCUUUACUGCAUUCCUGCGAGUCACUCAUUUGUCAAAGCUCUCUUAGACUCUUACUUAACACGACAGGGAGGGAACACGAUCAAAAUGGUCGCUCCUAGCCACCAGUGCCUGAGGGGGAAGAAAAAGAAAAAAGCCACCUGACAUGUUUGUCCGAAAUCCUGUGUUUAUUCGCACACAGGAGCCGGUCGUUUUCCGGGAGAAGGGAUGUAUAUGAAGGUUUUCGAGCGUUUUCCCGGUGCACGGCAGAGCAGCCCUCCCUGCAUUGCAGCAGAGAGAGGGAAGCGGAGAGAGCCACACAGCGCCAGCUGCCCAAUCACGCGCCUCCGUGUGGCUCUCAAACCAAUCGGCAGCACACAGCCGAGGUUAAAGAUUGACAAUCGCUCUGAGAGCAGCAGGGAGAGCAAGGCCCUUCUGGAAAAUUCUGCACCCAUCUUUGUCUCAUCCCUCACUGCCUUUAUAUCUGAAAAAAAAAGAUUUUAAGAAGAAUCUGUACUGUGCCUGUAAAGAAGAAGGUAUGCUGUUAUUAUGCUGUGUCAGUUUUUAUGUGGAGAAUCAUUCAGUGUUGACGUGAUUGUGCUGAAGAUUAUAUAUUGAGGUUUUGUGUGUUAUGUAUGGUUGUAUUUUGCUGUUUUUGACAGACGCUUUAUUGAUUAUGUCAGUGGAGCUGUAUGCUGGAUGCUGCUGUGUGGGGAGUGGAUGGUGCAUGUAGGUUGGACGUGAGGAGGCCAACACGGCAAAUGCUCAGUCUGUACAGAUGUUUGCCUUGUGCAUGCUGCCACACACCCCCUCCCCACCCAUCUUUGAAGGUUGGAGGUGCAGGACAGAGAGAAACCGCAUGGGAAAGGCAAAGAGAUUGCUGGUUUAUCGGGGAGGGAUUUCAUUUUCAGGCUUCAUGAGGAAAUUAUGUUUGUUUGGCUGAAAGAAAAUUCACAAGAAUAAUGUCAGUAAUGUUGUGAUUUUCUCUUUGUUUAUCCUGACUGUGGUCAGGUUGGCUCAUGGACGAUAAGCUCUGUUCUUUGGUGAGCUGUGCAAUGCUGGGCAUGUGUGUGUGGUAAUGGCCCGAGCAUCAGGAAGGAGAGCCGCUGCUUCUCUCCGUUUACCACUGGAUGGUAUUUUAGAAACAUUUACAAAAAUGAUUCUUGUAAAAUGAAUGCGAUACGAAACGUUAAUGGGCAUAGCAGGUCUCAAGCCUGUAUGCCGCACAAGAAAUAUACAUUUUUGGGGAGGUUUAUAACUGCUUUUCAGCGUAAACUGACAGUGGUGGGCUGACAAAAUCUGAACAUUUCUGGGUCAUCAGUCUAAGCUGUUUAAUGUUUGUAGGAAUUUGAGUUAGAGUUAUCACUAAGCUGUGUUGCCUGGUUUGUUUUUCAUCUGAGGGAAGGAAGCGCAUUGAGGGUAACUUUGAGAUAUUUUUAUGUUAGGAAAAGAUAAAAAUUGUCUUUUCAUUUAAUGUAGAUUUAGAUUUCUUUUUUGAUUAAUCUUAAAUUUGGAUUUUUGGAAUAACUUUUGUAUUUUUAGAAUAACUAUUAAAGGUCCAGUGUAUGGCAUUUAGCGACAUCUAGUGGUGAGGUUGGGAAUUGCAACCAAUGCCUCACUCAACCCCUCCCAUUCAAAGCACUACGGUGGCUGAAACGGUACAACGGACUUGUCACAUUUUUCCUUCUUUGCUGAAGGAGAUAACAUUUACAAAACUUGCUCUGUAGAGCAGUUUGUCCGUUUAGGGCUACUGUAGAAACAACAUGGUGAAUUCCAAGUAAGGGAACCUGCGGUGUAUGAAGAUAGAAAUAGCUCAUUCUAAGGUAAAAAAAACGCUAGUUAUAUGUCAUAUUAUAUUGCAUUUCUGUUAAUAAAUCCUCCAAAGCUGGAUCUUUUUUAAAGUGUGAUGUGUUUUAGUCAUUAUCAAAAAAGGCCAUGAGGAUAUAAGCUGAUCUGUAGUGUUCAUUGUUUUUCACUAGUAUAAAAUGUUAAUUUUUGUAUUUUGAGCUUCACCUACCCAUCUCUGAUCUAUUGUUCCUACUGUUCAGUUUCUUCAGCAUCAAGUGAACUGUUGGUUCCAUUAUGGAAUAGCAGAUCCUCAGAGUACUGAAUAAGCAUAUUAUGUUGACUGGAGAUAUGAUGUCAAAGGGAUCUUUCAGGGUGUGAAAUGUCCAUCUAUUGCAUUUAAUGCUGAAACCACCAGAUUUUUGAGUUUUCAUUUAUUUAUUGUUGAAUUUAACAUUCAUUUACUAUAUCUGCAUUCAACCCUGAAAAAACCCUUUAAGAAAUUGUUUUUUCACUGGAAAGAAUUGCAUCAGAAAUACAGGUGACCCUAUCACCAUUGAAACCAUUUAAAUACAUGCAUCAUUGAUUUUUUUUUUGCAGUUUGGCUGAAGAGAAGUGAAGGCGGAGUCAGAUGCAAUUGAAGGGAUGGAAAUCGCAACACGAUCCAAGGUCUCUGAUCAAGGGUCAGCAGAACGGAUUGCCUCGAAGCGCAAGGUUUCCAGCCCUCCACACUCCUCUAAUGGACACUCCCCAUCCGAACCUUCCUCCUGUCCUGUCAAAAAGAAGAAAAAACCUGGAGCCGUCAAUAACAGCAAAGAUCAGUCAGAACUAAGACAUGGUCCCUUUUACUAUGUGAAGCAGCCCGCACUCACCACAGACCCUGUUGAUGUUGUACCGCAGGACGGGCGGAAUGACUUCUACUGCUGGGUGUGCCACCGCGAGGGCCAGGUGCUCUGCUGUGAGCUCUGCCCACGUGUCUACCACGCUAAGUGCCUCAAACUGGCCGCAGAGCCCGAAGGAGACUGGUUCUGUCCUGAAUGUGAGAAAAUAACAGUUGCCGAAUGCAUAGAGACUCAGAGUAAAGCGAUGACAAUGCUCACAUUGGAGCAGCUGUCCUUCCUGCUGAAGUUUGCUUUGCAGAAGAUGAAACAGCCAGGUACGGAGCCCUUUCAGAAGCCAGUGGCACUGGAGCAGCAUCCAGAUUAUGCAGAGUAUAUAUUUAAUCCUAUGGAUCUCUGCACUUUAGAAAAGAACAUUAAAAAGAAAAUGUAUGGCUCCACCGAGGCGUUCCUGGCUGAUGUUAAGUGGAUUUUGCACAACUGCAUUAUUUAUAACGGAGGCAACCAUAAACUUACAGCAACAGCAAAAGUUAUUGUAAAAAUCUGUGAACACGAAAUGAAUGAGAUCGAAGUCUGUCCGGAGUGCUAUCUCUCCGCGUGCCAGAAAAGAGACAACUGGUUUUGUGAACCAUGUAGCAACCCCCACCCUCUGGUAUGGGCCAAGCUGAAGGGGUUUCCAUUUUGGCCUGCUAAAGCCCUUCGAGACAAAGAUGGACAAGUGGAUGCUCGAUUCUUUGGGCAGCAUGACAGGGCCUGGGUUCCUAUUAACAACUGCUACCUCAUGUCUAAAGAAAUCCCGUUCUCCGUCAAAAAGACCAAGAGCAUCUUCAACAGUGCCAUGCAGGAGAUGGAAGUGUACGUCGAAAACAUCCGCAAAAAGUUUGGAGUCUUUAAUUACGCUCCAUUCCGCACGCCAUACACACCGGACAACCAGUUCCAGAUGCUUUUGGACCCAGCAAACCCCGGCACGGGAUACGUCAAACCCGAGAAACAUGAAAAGAUCAAGUUUAGCUUUGAUUUAACAGCAUCUCCUAAAUUGCUCGUGGGCAAGAGCAUGGUCUCCAGCGGGACUGUAGGGGGCGGGACUGGAAGGCGAAUCUCAUUAACGGACAUGCCUCGUUCACCAAUGAGCACUAACUCCUCUGCUCAUACGGGAUCUGAUGGAGAGCAAGAGACUGCAGAAAAAAGCCAUGUUAAAGCUGCUUUACCCAAUUACAGCACAGGGGAGGAGUCAAUGGAUUGUACUGCAUCACCCGCUCCUCCUAAAGCAGGUCUUACUGGCAGCAGCUUAGAAAGCCCUAAACCAUUCCACUCUCCAGCUCCCAGCACCCCCGUUAAACAGGAGAAGACCCCCACCACCGGCAGCAUCCUGAACCUCAACCUUGAUCGCAGUAAAGCAGAGAUGGACCUGAAGGAGCUGAGUGAAAGCGUUCAGCAGCAGAACCAGCAGCAGCCCUUUCUCACCUCCCCUAAGAGACAGAUCAGAAGUCGCUUUCAGCUCAACCUGGACAAGACCAUAGAGAGCUGCAAAGCACAGCUGGGUAUAGAUGAAAUAUCAGAGGAUGUUUAUAAAGGUGCAGAGCACAGCGACUCUGAGGAAUCUGACAAGUCUGACUCCAGCGACAGCGAAUACGCCAGUGACGAUGAACAGAAAUCCAAGUCCAACCAAGAAAAUAAAACCCCAGCUGAUGGGAAAAACGCAAAAGAGUCCCUUAAAAGAAAGACCAAACCCUCAGCACCGGCCGUUGAGGACAAAGACAACAGCACAGAAUCUACCACAACACCCAACACGGCAUCAAAAGGAGAACCCACCCAGACGACAAACCCUGUGGAUCCUAUUGCUAAAGAGGAAUCAGAGAACGAACCUUCGGAGAAGAUAAAAGUGGGUGCUGCGUCGCCUGAUUCUAAGGAGAAGCCCAAGACAUUGGAGGAGGAUGGGCCACCGGCACCUGUGGAUGUGGACAUGGAUUCGGAUUCAGAGAGAGAGCUGGUCAUUGAUCUGGGGGAAGAGCAGGCAGGGAAAGAGAGGAAGAAGACCAGGAGAGAUUCAGCCGCUGUCACCGCACUCAAAGAGCCUGCAGCCUCAAAAGCUGAUGGUAAAUCCACUCCUAUUUCCAGUGCUGUUACCCAGCCUCAGAACCCGGCUGUUCUGUCCUCCAGCCCAAGCAUCAAAGACCCAUCUCAGUCCCCAGUCCCGAUCCCGCUGAACAUAUUACCCCUCGCAACAGCUCCAGCUAGCACAACUCUGACCACCUCCACCCUCUCCAAUGCUACCUCCAGCACCCACAGUUCCUCACCUACCCCCACCAGUACCAUAAAGAAACAACGUCCAUUACUGCCCAGAGAGACCGUGCCUGUGGUUCAGCAGGCCGUGGUGUGGAACCCCACCACCAAGUUUCAGACAUCCUCGCAAAAGUGGCACAUGCAGAAGGUUCAGAGGCAGCAGCAGGGCCAAGCGCAGCCGGCCACGCAGGCGCAAGUGUUAACGCAGGUGCAGAACAACCAACAACCACAGCAGCAAGCGCAGGUCUCCUCGUCCUCGUCAGGACAGCAGCCUUCUUCUAGCACCAGAUAUCAAACAAGACAAGCCGUUAAAGCUGUGCAGCAGAAAGACUCGGCACACAGCACGUCCACAUCUGCAGUCACUCUUGUCACCAGUGCGCCGGCUUCUGGUGCCUUGAUGGCAGGAGCAACUGUUAGCUCUUCAUCAUCGACCUCCACACAGGGAGACUUCCAGAUCCCCACCACAUCUGCAGAUGUAGCAGCUGACAUCGCCAAGUACACUAACAAGAUAAUGGAUGCAAUUAAAGGGACAAUGACUGAGAUAUAUAAUGAUCUUUCCAAGAGCACAUCAGGAAACACCAUUGCUGAGAUCAAACGGUUGCGAAUCGAAAUUGAAAAAUUGCAGUGGCUACAUCAACAAGAGUUAUCCGAGAUGAAGCACAAUUUAGAGCUGACCAUGGCCGAGAUGAGACAGAGUCUUGAGCAGGAGCGAGAGCGAAUCGUGUCCGAGGUCAAGAAGCAGAUGGAGGUAGAGAAACAGCAGGCCGUGGAUGAAACGAAAAAGAAGCAAUGGUGUGCAAACUGCAGAAAGGAGGCCAUUUUCUACUGCUGCUGGAACACCAGUUACUGUGACUACCCCUGCCAACAAGCACACUGGCCUGAACACAUGAAGUCAUGUACACAGUCUGCAACAUCAUCACAGCAAGAACAAGAAAUAGAAGGCGGAGCAGAUGUUACUCCCAAAGCCCCCGUGCAACCCAACAAUGGACCCAACUCACUGAAAGAGACUGUAACAACUUCACCUGCUGAUAAAAAGAGCGAAGGAGAUAAAUCCAAGGACAUUGUCACUAUGUCCUAGCUUACGUGUACAUACACUAAACAGCACUUACUUUUGUACAGGUGUACAUAGAUGAUUAUUCACUACAAAAAAAAGUUUUAUUUAACAAAUGUUUGUCUUGCCUGACUGUGCUCUUGUGAUAUAUUUUUUCGUUUUGACUUCAUGUUUGAUUGUUUCCUGACAAAGACACACAAACCACCCAAACAUUUCCCUGAUCUAAUUUUAAAAGAAGUUAGAGGGCCUAGAAAGACCUGUUUAUUAAUGUUUCUCUAAAAUUCUUGAAAACAUUUUUUAAUGUUGCCAUAUUUAUAUACCGCCUUAUUCGGGGUGGUAACACCUUGAUUGUAAGAUGACGAUUAGAAAUUCAGAAUAUCUGAUCUGAUUUAAAUAUUUUUUUUAUUUUUGAUGGAAAUAGUACUGUUCUGUAUUUCUUGGAAUAUCUUAUCAAGGCCAGUUUAUCGAUAAGAAUAUUUGGUCUUAUAAAACGUUGAGGACUACAUUUUAUUAUGUCAUUACAUUGCUAAAAAAAGUUUAAACACUGAUUCAAAAAAUACGACUACUUCAUCACAGUUUGGUAGAAUUGUGUCUGUGGACACAGAUUGUGGUUUGUUGUAAAACUGUAUUAUCAUUAAUACAGUCAGCAUGAUCUGUUUACCUGCGUUAUACUGUAAUAUAUCUUAAAUGCCUUGGAGUAUUUUUUGCUGCCUUUUGAUAUCUACAGUACACCUCAUUGGUCCUGGUUAUGUUUCAGUUAUGUUUGUGACAUCAGUCUGAUCUCAUGGGUUCACUUUUAUUUAUUUAAAAUCACUUUUCAAAUGAAAUGUAGCAUUAGACUAAUGAUGAGUGACAGAAUACACUGUCAUGUUGUCUUACUCAUUUCAAAAUUAUUUGGUUUAUACCAAAUAAUCAGUUUCUUUUUUGAUCUUUCAGAAAUACCUGUAUAUGUUUUGUGUAAACAUUGUUCCUGUUUUCAGGGUUUUUUGUGGGGGAAGAGGGUAUUGUUUUUAUUUAUCAAACAUUGUCGUUUUUAUGACACCAAAGGUCUUUGCUAGUUGUAACUUACGAUUCCUUACAACGUUUAUUCAUCAUCAUGCAUUAUUUUCAAUGUGUGAAGAACAAACUGCUGUACUUUGAACCGAAACAUUCCUUCAUUUUAUGUUAAUGGUGCAUAAAUAUGUGAUUUCAAACCAUAUACAGAAAAAGAGCGAUUUCAAACAAACAAAAAAUAGAUAUUUGCAUACUGUAUAUUAAUAAAGAUCUGGUGGUCUUAAUUUUAAUUUAAUAGUUUUUGUAUGUUGGAACUGUAUUAAAGAACACCUGAAAAAGUU